AUGUAUGAGAUGAAACCAAUCUCCCUCCUUCAGUCUCUAUUACUUGUGCACGCCGCCCUUGCCGCCCCCGCCUCGCCCAAUAUACGGCCCCGGCGAUCAAGUAUCGGUAUCCCCAGGGCAGACACUGACCUCGACAAUUCCUCUUCACACACUUCAUCAUAUCAAACCCAGUCUGUUGUUUUGACAGGUAGCCGACAACUCAGCAUCACUUCUUCGCAGCGGGCACUUAGUACACGCCAGCUCAAACUACUCAGAGAUCUAAACCUAAACCACAUAUCCGACAAGGAACUGCGAAAAAUCAUCCUCUGGCUUAACGAAAAGUGGCCAGCUGCUGAUGGCCUGAUACAGUCCAUACAAGAGCUGAUCGACAUCGGGUAUCCAGACCAAUCGUCUUCAUUAUCACCUGAACCGUACUCAACGAUCCACGACAAACCAUUGCCAACCACCUCUCUUACAUAUCAGGCGCAUCGAUUCGGGGACAGCGCGAGUCCUACCUCCAGCUCCCAGGUAACAUUGACAUCCGCAGGAUUCACAAAGGAAUCCCUUACACACUUCCCGAUCAGCGCAGUGUCCGAUAUCAAACCUCCUAUCAUCUCGAAUAUUCCAGCACUCGCAAUCUCAAGCAUCGCAUCAUCAUCAUCACUCCCUACCCUUUACCUCGCAACAUCGCCACAAGCAACAAUGACAGCGACAGCAAAUAACCAUGAUACCAACCUCUUCACUGUACUCAAAAUGAUGGAUACCAUCGAUGAGCUCAUCAUCUGGGUAUCUGAGAGGCCCGCCUGGGUGGCGACAUUUAUCGUUUGUGCACUGGUACUUCUGUUCCUCAUCUCCAUUGUGAUUGUGGAAGGGGCGGAUUUCGCCUACGCUUUUGUGAGUACGAGGUUGGCGUCGUGGGGGUGGAGGCGUCGGAGACCGGCCAUUCACCUAUCUGGGCCAGAGAGGCGGCUCAUCACGGCUCCUACGGCAGAUAGUGAUGGUGAAAAGAGGGAGGAAAUGAAUUAUGGGACGUGUGAUUAG